UGUCAUGUUUUCUUGCAUCAAGCCCAAAACGCAAUAGUUUUUUGCAAUGUAACCAAAAAUAGAUCCAAAAUGAGUGCAAUAUUAAAAUUUAUCCGUGAAAACCACAUAUUGGCCCUCAUAGAACAGACCAUUGCUAAGAAAAAGUCCCGUUUGAGUCUGAACGCGUUCGAAAUAACUGAAAUUCCUGAACUUUUGUACACAUGUUUGGAAGUUGAACAUUUGUAUUUGCAUAAAAACAAAAUUACUAAUGUGCCAGUGCAGAUAAUGCAGCUAGUGAACCUGACGACCUUGACUCUUGACUACAAUAACAUAAGUUCGCUGCCAGCCGAAAUAGGGAACCUGAAAAACCUUGUGAAUUUGAACAUCAGUUACAAUCCUUUGGAAGAGUUGAUUCCUGAGAUUGGUGAGCUGGAGAACCUGGAGGCUUUCUGGUGCAACAGGAUAGGACUGCGGGAGAUCCCGAAGGAGAUCGGGAAGUUGGAGAAACUUGAUACUUUUGGAGCAAGGGGAAAUGAACUGAAAACUAUCCCUGAAGAAAUGACAAAAUUGGCGAGAUUACGGUGGCUGACUUUAGAAAACAACCACAUAGAGAGCCUACCCUCCGGCCUGGAACGCCUAGAAGUGUUGGUCCACUGCAACCUUCGCAACAACCGACUGAAAGAGUUCCCGAAGGACCUGCUCAAAUGUACGGAGCUUAUGUACUUGCAGCUUAAUAAUAACCAGAUAUCCAGUCUCCCAGAGGAUUUCGACACCAGUCAUCUGACAGGUCUAGAAAUGAUUGACCUACGGCUGAAUCCCAUCUGUGAACUAGCCCACCCAGAGCACCCUCUAGUCCGCUACCAAGAGGAGCUGCCCGCUUCGCCGAGCGCGCUAGCGGAGCUCUCCGCUCAGGCCUCCGCUAGCAGCCGCCACGGUGCGCAGGCUUUGGCUCUUAACGCCACGGCGCUCCGCUUGCCGGCUGUCCCCGCGCCGCGUCCGCACCAACAGGACCCCAGGAUCAUAGAGAUAGACCUCGACGCGUCAUCAGUGGAGUCGUCUGAGGAUUGGGAGAACAGUGUGAACAGCUCCGAACUCGAUGUGCAGUACCAGAGCGACGAGGAACGCGCUGAGAAUGAGAUCGCGCAAUUCUUUCAGGCGGUCGGCAUGGUGUUGCCCGAACUAUCGCGGUACGCGUCCACCGCCAGUUGAAUUGGGACCUUGCCGCCUUGACGCAACGACCACUUUCGCGUGACAGGUAUAUGGACUGACUUCGGACCUGAUUGUCUAUUCUUUGGUGAUACUGGGAAAUUUUGGGCAAGCCAAUUUGAGCCUUAUCAAGUUUGUGAUAGGGAUGGAUUUGGCGUGCUCUUAUUGUUUAGUAUCCCUGAGAAUACAGGGUUAUCUACAUUCGCACGAACGCUUAAGAAUAUUUUGAAAAGCGUUAAUUUCUGUCGCUUUUAUUUAUUUUAGCACUUUAUUGUUUAUGAACUUUUAGCAUUACGUGCUUUAUUUUAAUGAAUUAAAAAACUGUUGGAAGCGUUUUUUUAUUGUUUGUUUAAUCGUUCGUGCGAACUAGACGUUUACAUUAAUUAAGCAUACGAUUAUACCUAUAUCUUUUUCUUCUAAGUGAAUUAAAAUAAACAGCUGCAAAAUCAGCAAUUAGCCUUUUAAACGUCAAUGAAAGGAAUACUUUCUGAAAUUAGUUUUGCUAUAAUAAUAUGUCACUUUUAAUUCACUUCAAAGAAAAAUAGCCUUUGCUGUUAUUUUGAUACUUUCAAUAUUUUAUUGAAGAGUUUCAGGGCCUGUAUUAAUGUAUGUUUAGACUUAGUUUUGUGUACUGUGUAUGAGCUAUUGUACAGGGUGACUGAUUGUAGAAAGACAUAACUGCAGUGGACCUACUUGACCAAAACAUAAUAGAGCAGCAGAUUAUUUAAAUCAAUUCCUUUUUAUGCUGUUCAUAAUAUAGUAGUAGCACGCGCUGUAGAAAACACUUUUUCAACCAGACACCCUGUAUUGAUGUAAUAUUUAUUCUGCGGGAACUAAGUAUAUAGCUCUCUAAAAAAGAAAAGAAAAAAUAUUUUCUAAAAAAAUACGCUUCUAUGGCAUAUUUUGUAACGACCAUCGGUUUUUAAGAGAAUCAGGUUCCAAUAUUCCGCUAUAAGUAUCUUCAAAUAAAUACCAGCCAAAACCUUAUUCUUACUUAAUAAGCUUCAGUUUACAUUUUGAAUCGCAAACAAUCUUUUUUCCAUCGUAGAAGGUGACUGUCGUCAAUGAAUUUAAAGUUUGGGUGAGAAGGUAUAUCCCAUACCUUGACUGGUAAAAUACAUAAAGGUAUAUUAAUAUAUAAAUUAUUAAACUAUGUGACGUCCCUAGAACGUGUUAAGAGGCCACUGUCUCAAACAAAUACGCACGUACACCACAAAUCACGUUAAAAUGUGAUUAUGCUUGAAACUUUUCACACUUGAAAUUAAGUUUCAGGGAUAGCAUAUAAAAACUCUUUUUCAAAAAGAAUGGUAAUUCAGCAACUUUUUGUAUGGAACCAGCAAAGAAAUAUAAAAAAAUGCACCAUGCAAUUUAUAACAUCUGAGUGGCCAAUUAGUUUUUUUUUGUUCGAUGCUGGUGCCAUAUUUUUUUAUAUUUGAGCAACAGAAUCAAUAAUACUUUUUCAAAGCGGACAAGUUUUUUUACAUGUUGUUCAUAACUUAAUUUUUUCUAAAGAGUUUAUUUGUCAAUCGUACAAAUGCAGCACAAAAAGGUCAACUCUUUUUUAUGUAAAAUUUCACUUUGGAUGUGACUUUAUUUUAGUAUUACCUCUUUGGGAUCUUUUUUGAGAAAUCAAUACUUGAUCAUGUAAAUAUGUAGUUGUAUUUAAAUCAUUAUUUCUCUACAGGGUGUUAGGUAAAUGGGUAUAUGAGCCGACACUAGCCCAUGUUAACAUGGUCAUAUAAAUGGUCUGGUGAAGUCAGAAAAUUGAUAUCUUCAUUUUAAUAAUUUUAAUUUCCAUACUAAUCGUAUUUUAUAAAAUUUAUUUUGUAUGAAAAUUAAAAAAAAUAAAAUGAUGAUAUCAAAUUUCUGACUUCACCAUACCAUUUAUAUGACCAUGUUAACAUGGGCUAGUGUCGGCUCAUAUACCCAUUUACCUAACACCCUGUAUAAAUAUUUUGUCUAUUUAGUUUUAGAUGAUGUUAUACUGGGUGUUAUUUUAAAAGUUGAAAAAAAACGGGCUCUAAUUUUAAUCCGGCCUAAAUCAAUGUUAAUGACAUGAAAAUCAUUUAUAAAGCGGACCAAAUCAGCUAUCUUUGGAUAUUGGUUACAUUCAUCUAAAGGACAGUCGACAGCACAAGAGAUUAUAGGUACAUUUCUGUUGCAAAAUAACUCUUAUUUCAACUACUUAUGAUGCCAAAAUGCUUGAUGUGCUGUCGCUGUAUUUCUCAAUCUUUAUAUUUUUACUCAUGACCAUGAACACAAUUUUAUUCAAUUCAAGCAAUUAUUAAUUUAAAAAAGAGUAUCAGGCGAUUAAUAAAAAAUCCUGAUGGGGAUUUUAAUUUAAAAAAUAAAAUAUACGCCCGACGACGACUUUUGAAGUGGUUGGUGUAGGUACUAACUACAGUUGGGAGUAGAAUUAUACAUAACGAAUGAUGUAAUAUCCAAAAAAUGGUUUCAAAAUUUUACAAAUACGGACAAAAUACCAUAAAAGAUAAAAAGUGUUCAUAAUUUUAAAAAUAAUCAUGGCUUUUUCAUUGUAUACAUUCAUAUCAUAAAAAACACGCCCUAUAUGAUAAGGGUUUGAACAAAAAAAAAAAGAACGGGAGGUAAUAAAAACAUAAUAAUGUUUCCAACUAUUUUGAGACAAAGAAAAAUCAAAUCAAAAUCUAUUUUUUACUUGAUUUGAUUGGAAAGAGAAGGUUAAUAUCCUGUAUGGUGAUUGAGGGUGCUAUUAUGGAAUAUGGAAGUAAGAAAAGAAAUUUAAAUAACUAAAAAAAGCGUAUAAUCAUUGCCAAUGUAAGACUCCAUUCAUAUCCUAAUUAUUAUAUUUAAAAAACAAGUAAUUAUGUUACUUACAUUAAUAUAAAAAAAAAUUAAAACUUCAAGAUUAGGUAACCCCUACUUGUGUAUAUUAAAUCAUUUUUAUACUCUGAAUUGUACCUUAUUAAAUCGUAAUAACCGUUAUUUUAAAUUAAUCCUAAAAAGAUGUAUAUUUUUUUUGGUAAAUAUAACAUUGAUAUCUUGUUAUGUAUUAAUUGAACUUUAAUAAAUACCUGUCCAUUUUCUGUAGAUAAUAAAAGAUUAGAAAAAAUGCUUUUAGUAUUGUGUGUAAACACAAAUUCCUUUUUACGCUAUAUACCAACUACCUAGGCGUCUUUUUCAUGAAAAAAAAAUCUACGCAGUUUAAACUAAAACAGCGUUUUGUCUUUUUUCAACUCGGCGAAAUCAACAUUAAACAAAAAAAGCUGUCUUUUUUUCAAUUAGCUGAAGCGUUAAAGAUUUUUUUAUUUUAUGAAGAAGACGAUAAAAUCUGUGUUCCCCAAUAGAUGAGUAAAAACUUCUUUUAAUAAGAACAUUUUACAAUUUGCCACUACUAAAUAUUUACUGUCUACAUGAAUAUUUACUGUUUUAAAUAUUUGCUCUAAUAUUUAUGUAUAAGACACAAUAAAUUACUCAAAUCAGUCUAAACGCAAACCUAGAUACAAGAAUAACAGCUGCCGAUAAUCGCAAUAACUCGAUUUUGGAUUAUUUUGAGUUGUGCUACUUUUCAUCUGGGUCAGUGUUUCAGAUUGAUGUCGAUAAAAUUACCGGUAUAUUGUAAGUUUUAUUGUCUGAUAUAUUUAAUCGGUGUUAUUAAGGUAAAUACAAUGUAACCCUUUACAAAUAAACGUUGUUAGCAUUCCGUAGAACUGUAGGUACGGGACUGUUCCCACCUCUCGUUCCCACCGCUGCAACUCCUGUGUAGCCAGGAUCUACAGCUUGACCGCCAAUAAAACCUAACCAGUGAAGGUCAAGUUUGUCCCGGGGGAAAGUUAAACUGUUAUUGGACCCGCAACGAAUUUAAUCAAGAACGUAGGAGUUCGAAGUUAAGGUUCGGUUUUAAGAUGUAGGCAUUAUCUAAGGAACAUUAACAACGUUUAUUAAUAAAGUUAUGCAUGUUUAUCAAAUAAUUAAUGUCUAUAAUCAAAAACCAAUUUUAAUUGUAGUUGGAAAGGACUUUACACUUGAUCGGUCUGAUAUGUUUUUGCCAAAGAAUCUCAAAUAACGGCUUAUAAUGGUUUUAGGAGUCUUUUAUUAUAAUUUAGAAACUUUUUCUUUUAUUUAGCAAUUGUCCAGUUUUUAGUUCGCGCCAUUAAUCGUCGAUUCAUAGACAACAAUAAGAUAUUUUUUGUUUAUGAUAAUAAUAAUCCUUUUUAAGGUGGCAGCAUAAUAGUAAUUUUUAUGGGCUCCAAUUCAAAACUGGACUUUACGAAUUUGAGAAAAGGGUAAAAAAUCUAUUGGAGAGGGCAAUUUUUUUUUCAAUUACUUUUUUAGUAUAACAAAAUUGUACCUACUAUGUUGUCGUAAACAUAUCAUUUGUCAAUCAUUGUUUAUAGAAAGGGUAAUGGAUGUGCAGGUAUGAUAUUUUAUCAAUUUACUCAUUGACAGUGUUGAAUGUUUAAUAAAAAACAUGACAAAUAAUUAAAAAUCCAGAAAUAUACACCUAAAUAAUAUAUUAUUUAACAUGAAACACUGUCAAUAUAGUCCUAAAAGUUUGGUAAUAUAUGACCAAAACCAUGUAAAGGUUGUAUAUAAUUAAUAUUGCUCAUGUAUAAGAAUCUAAAUGUAAAACAAUAAACAUUGGAAAAAUA